UACAUCAUUAUGUUAUGAAAAUCUUAGUAGUACAAUCGAUUAUUUAUUUCAACAAAACAAUUUAUGCCGUUAAUCAUAGAAUUUCUGGCAGUCCGUGAAAGAACCAGCGUUGCAUCGCUAGUCACUUUUGUAGAAAUGAUCCUCGAGGUUUGUUUAGUUCUGCGAAUAAUACUGAAUGAAAACCAGCACUUUUCUUUGGAAGAAAUUAUCGUGUCGCCGUGCAAAGCGACUAAGGACCCGGCCAGUUCUAAAGAUGUUCAACCUCCAGCAGGAUCGGCAAAAGACGUUUCUAAAUUAGACUCUGUUGGGUCCAAUCCAAUUUUAAAUUCGCUGUGGGUUUAUCAACCGGAAGCACAUCAAUCUCACGUACCUGGUGACGCUGGGACAAGGCGAGUAGUAAUGAAACCAGCUCAUUCUUUGACGAGAUUGGCUAAAACAUUGACACUGGGAUUUGAUCCCUAUUUUAGUAAGGGAUAUUUUGAACCCUUUGAAAGAAGGCCGAAACCAGUUACACUUGUCGCCUUCCGAAAAAAUGGCUUGUUACCUAGAACGAAAACUAAUACGGGAGACGGCAAGUCGGGAGAAGUAGCUGAACUUCAGUCGCCAUUCAACGAUAUCAGCAACUUUUGGGUGGACGAUUAAUAAAUGACCUCGAAAUAGCAAUCAAUAGUUAAUUAAUAUAGAUUUCCUAAAUA